CUCCAGCCCAAGUACGCGGACCUCAUCAAGAGCGGCGCCAAGACCUGGGAGGGCCGCGCCUACGCGGGCUGGCUCGAGCACGUGUCCGUCGACGACUGCAUCACCUUCAAGGUGACGACGCGCGGCGCGGAGCGCGUCAUCGCGCGCGCGCUCGACGUGCGGCGCUUCGACACCUUCGAGGACAUGCUCGACCACUGCGGCCUCGACGCCUGCCUGCCGGGCUGCGCGAGCCGCGAGGAGGGCGCGAAGAUCUACCGCUCCUUCGGCUGCUUCGACGGCCGCACCUACGCGGACGUCGAGGCGGAGGCCGGCGUCGUCGCCAUCCGCGUCAUGCCCCUCGAC